AUGUCAAAUAUUACUGAAAAGAAGGUGUUACCACCUUUUUCACAAUUGAUGGAAAUGGUUCCUCAUAACGAAGCUGUAAAUGAUAAUACAUCCGAAUUGACAUCACAGUUACCUCGAGCUUCCAAUUUGACUCAAUUUUCAUUAAAUCAAUUCGCUUCAUCUCAUCCUCCCAAACCAAAUCUUUCUCCAUUCCAUUCCCAAUCCAACGGAUUUUCCCCUAGAACUGUUUACCACCCAAAUCCAACUUUUAAAGCUGUGAAUCAACAUCUUAAACCUUCCCAUGGCCAUUCAAAAAGCUUACCUACAGAUCCUUUUAAAAAUAAUGGAUAUCCAGUGCAGACCUUGCAGGGGAAUUCAAAUCCAUUCCUUAGACCAGACAACAGUUACAUGGGUCCCCACCCUUCAAGUUAUCAAUUUCCUCCCCCCAAGCAGACUCAAAAUGGAACCAUUCCUAACCCAGAAAAUGUUAGGCAGCUCACAUCCAAUAAUCAAUGGGAUCCACGAAAUACUAUCACUACUAUGUCCAGAAUGGUUCCAACUUUUAAGGAAAUUGUAGAUGGUUUGGGAGCUGUACAAACGGUUUUCAACUAUAUUCAAGUUAACAAUGUUCCCCAUCCUUCCAGCACUGGUCAGAUCUUAGUCGAUGGAAGAAAGUAUGAAACAGCAUUUGUCAAAGAUCAAAUCCUAUCAAUACCUCUAGAAGCCAUGAAUAAUUUGGAAUUUUUUUUGAAUUUGAAUUCAAAAUUUAUCAGACAACUAAGAAAUGAUCAAGCCUAUUUGUUGAGAGAAAGCACUAUUAGCAGUCAAAACCUUGCCAUACAUUUGAGAUCCAGAUCUUUCCCUCAAGCUUACAACCAAUAUCCACCAAUUCCUAAUUUUUACUAUCCAGUUCAACUGAUGAGGUCAUUUAAUGAAGAAUCAAAGAACUCUUCAAUCUCGGGGUCUCUCAGUGUGGCAUCUUCGCCUGGUAAACGAUCCAAGUCUUCAAGUAGAUCUCCAGAUCGGAAUGGAUCUUCUAGGAAGAAAAGGAAAGCCACCAAGUUAGAUAAAAAAUUGGAUUCUCCUAUUGAAUGUAAACACUGUGGAUCUGAAAAUACCCCCGAAUGGAGACGAGGUCCUGAAGGUGAGAAGACUGUGUGUAAUGCAUGUGGUAUAUUUUAUUCGAAGUUGAUCAAGAAAUACGAAACACCUGCCGAAGCUGCAAGGAUCAUGUCUGAAAGAAAACAGGCAGGUUUAGCCAUGGACAGACAUGUUUAA